AUCUCCCGAUUCCCCCACCCCUAUUCUCCCGAAAGAUGAGGAUGACGAAGACUACGAAGACGAUGAUGACUGAUGAGGGGGGCGAGGACGACGAAGACGACGAGGUUCAGGUCUUACAAUCCUCCAGAGGGCCACCGGUUCAGUCGGCGGACGACGACGAGGAUGACGAUGAAGAUGACGAUGGUGAAGGCGGAGACGACGAUGACGAUGGUGAAGGCGGAGACGACGAUGACGAUGACGAUGACGAUGACGACGACGAGGAGGAAGACGGUGACGAGGAUCAAGACGGUGAAGAAGAGUUUGGCUCUCGACAUCCAGCUCUUCGUCUACACCGUCGAAACGGCUCACACGCGAGAAGGGCCUGAUCUCUCACCCUCCGAUCCACAAUGGAGGUCCGUUGACUAGAGCCCGCCAGAGCCCCAAUAAUUUGGCUUCUUCGGCUUCCGGCGGGACGUCCGCUGCUGGAUUUAAGCUCGAGGAGAAGGUUUCUGCGUCGGCGUCUGAUGCUGCUACAGUGGCAGCGUUGGAUGAGGAGGUGAGUAAGCUAGAGGAGUUGCAGGCGGCGAUAGAAGUGGAGUUUGAGGGUAUUAGAUCCAGAGAUUCUAACGCCCAUGUGGUGCCUAGUCAUUGCGGUGAGUGGCGUAGUGGCUUUUUGUGGGAGUUUAAAUUAUAUGUAUUUACUUGUAUAAAUUAUACAAUU